AUGCGAGGCACAAGUUUUAAGCAUUUGCUACGUUUAUUGCAUUUGCUACGUUUAUUGCAUUUUCUAUUAGGCCAGUCAACGAGUACGAACGAACGAGAGAGCACACAAGUUUCAUCUAUUUCUCUCAUAAGUAAUUUUUUUGAUACGAUCACGUCACAUAAAUUCUAUUUUAUUAUUUUCUAUAAUUCUCGUACACUUCACUUCUCCUUCUCUUCAUUCACACAUAACACACAUUAUUUGUUAAACGUAUGUGUAUUAACGUGUACUAAUAAAUUGAAGCGGCGAGUGGACAAAAAGAACAAGAAGUAUUUGUUAUUUUUUUCAUAUCCGAAACGGUCGCUAAAUAAUAAUAAGAACACACACCUCAAGCCACACGGUGAAGAGAGAAUUUACCGAAAAAAAAAUAUUUCAUUUUAUGUAAUUGAGGAACAGCGGAUGCACAGAGACAAUAAGAUCCAAAAAUUCUAG